AUGCUGACACCUACAGUGAAUCGAAUCUACAGUUCGAAUGGUCCUUACCCAAAAUUAACCAAGCCGAAGCGUAAACGUGUCAAUCUGACCACUUCGAUCAGUAAUUCGGAAACAGUUACGCAUCGAAAACCAUGGAAUCCCAGUGUACGUAUCGAUCAGUCUUGGAUUUCCUAUCAGGCACCAAUAAAGCCAAAAAUCUCCAAGACUACCAAAGAGACCAGCAGACCUCUGUCUCUGGAUGGAGUAGGUAAAUCUAGUACACUAAAAUCCCAAGCAUGGUGUCUACCAUUUGCCCCAGUACAAGAAAACCGUUUGAAAACUAAUGAAAUAAGUUUGGAUAAAAAAGAUUUGGCCGAAGCGCCAAAGUGCAUUGACGAUCAGACAACCGUACGGGAUUCAACAGAAGACCUUGUGAACAUUAUGUCUGUUCCAACACUGAAUAACACACCGAAAUCACCUAUGAAACAACAACGAGGCACCACCAGCGCCUCACUGUUGCCAGAAUCCACCCAUCCAAAUCCGAUGGACCAAAUGUUGCCCAUGGAAAAUCCGACGGGAAAUUCAGAUUCUGCAUUCAAUCGACUACUUACCGCGUGCACCGAUUUUGAAAAUCUGAUCUCACGCAUUUGUGUGUGGUAUGUGAAAGCACGCACUGCAUUAGACACUGCGCAUGAUCGACUGGAUCGAACUGGACAUAGUACCCCACUUUAUCCACUCAUAUCAGAUUAUUUGAAUCAAUUACAGAAUCUUUUGGGCACAUGUUUACCAAAUGAUUUAUGCAUCAAUCGCUGGAUGCAAGCUAUGUCUGCCGGGAAUGAAUUGUUGAACGGUCCCAUGUCAAAUCACACCACAGCAUCAUCGGUUGUGUUUGUGGAACAGUUCAAUCCGCUUCAUAAGGAUAUAGAGGAAAAUCCGACCCAGACAGACCAGAAUUGGUUGGGAUCGAAACAUGUACCUGAUGAUAGGACGGGUCGUUUUGUGGGUCCUAUAAAUGUGGAUUUGUUCAGCAGAUGCGCAACAACAACAACAGUUCCAUGGGUUACGGUACAGUCCACACAAACGCCAGGUGUGGACACGUUCCUUGCAAACCAACCCGAUCGCACACACUGUAUGGAAGGAGAUAUCAAUACCAAUUGCUGUUUGGAAUACAACAAUGCUGAAAUCAAUGCAUGUUGGGCUAAGCACAUGCAAUCAACAUCUGACAACUUUGUCACAUCAUUAUCACCGGAUCAGAACAGUGAGAAUACGAACGGGAGCAAUGUGCACUCCGUUGGUGUCCUGCCACAAAAUUCAUUCACUAGUUUGAAUGAAGAUUGUUUGCGUACAAGCAGCACCAAAUUGUGGUCUAAGUGUCCUAUACCUAAAAAGCCUGAACAGUAUGGGAAACAGAACAGUUCGGGCAUAUUAUAUUCAUCAGCGAAUCCUUUAGAAAGGAGUGUUCUAUCCCAAACUCUAGAUUUAUGCCAUCCAUUAAUCGAACGGACAAUACAUGACAUGUAUGCUCUAGAGGAACAAGUUAGACCUCCUUACUAUAGAAUCACAAAACAAAUGGCAGUACAUUUGAUCAGGGAAGUACUUGUCUACCACAACCCCUCCAACUGGAUGAUACAAAACUCCCAUUAUCAAGAGUCUGUCAUCCUGGUCGAGGCUGUGCCUAUGCGUAGACCAGCCAGCAAUUCGACAGUCCGACCGAUAGGGCACCAUCACAUGCACCCGGCCACGAUGCAUCAGACACCCCUGUGGACAGCGAAUCAUCCUCUUCAUCAUUCGACGAUUAGCACGCUACCUGCGCCACCGGAAGAACUUAUCCGAGAAGAUUAUCCACCCAUUUACGAGCCUGAUUUACCAGACGGUGCGUACAACGAAACAAAAAACGACAACUUCGAACUGGACUGCUCAGUACGACGAAAAAGCGGAAAAAGACCGAACACUCCCUAUUUACUUUGGAAAUGUGCUAGUAUGAGAACAGAUUCGUCUUUGAAUGACUAUGCCUGCUCUGUUGCUCUCCCCGUUACGUCACUCUGUGUGACCUGA